AUGUCGUAUAACCGGCCAAAUCGACGUCAGUCGCAUAGUCAGCAGCAAUCGCAGCGCUAUGCCCCGACCAACGGUACACCCGACACCCACCAACAGGCUCUCCAAUCUUCGUGGUCCACGCCCGAAUUGACCGGCUACGGCUCCUACCCGGCUCCUGGCGGUCCUGUUCAGCAGGUUGAUUACACCGACUAUGCCCACCCGGCGCACCAUUACUACACCCAGCCCGACCCAGCUCAGCCGCAAUCCACCCAUGCCGAAUACAACCCUCAGGCCUACGCCAAUGUUGGCUACAAUCCUGCAGCUUACCCGUCACAACCUCCACCGCAAUCGCCGCGCGCUCCCUAUUCAUACGCUCCAUCUGCCGUGUCUCCUCCGCAAUCGGCUGGUUACCAUCAAACUCAGCAUCGCUUCUCUCAACCUAUUCCUAUGCCCGAGCCCGGUCAGCCUUAUACCUAUCCCGACUUCUCGCAAAACAAUUCUUCAUAUUACCCUCCUCCCCCACCGCCACCCUCUCAUGUCUGGUCGCCCUCGAAUGGUUCACAACCUGCGCCAUAUGGAAACAUUCCGUAUGCUCCAACAACUCUGACGCCGGAUGAGCUGAACCUACCUACUCCGCCUGUGCAUCCUGGUUAUGGCUCGUAUAAUUCUGCCGUGUCCCCUCAGUUCUCUCCAAGCAAUCUACUACCUUCUCCUAAUGGCCCACCACCUCCGCCACCAGCUCAUGCCCAUACCCAUGCUCCACAAAGAAACAACACAUUACGCCAUCCACAAGGCCGUCCUCUUCCAGGUCCACCAGAACCGGAUGUUGAACGUGAUUAUUUCCAUCAAUCCGGAUUUCGUGAUUCCUACGCAACUGAGCAGGAAGCUCAGGAAGAUCUCUUCAACCAGGUCGAAAGUGCCGUGCUCAAUGCAGGUGCUGCUUCAAGUGCACGGCGUCAAAGUCCACAAAUGCAGUCCGCAGCGGAUUUUCCACAGCCUCUCUUCUCUCCAAGGAGCAGUACAAUGUCCACCGCACAACCUUCCCGGGAUAGCAUGGCGAUUGCAAGCAUAAUCAACGAGUACAGCGAUGAAAGCGAUGUCGAAGCGUUGGCUGGGCUAGAGGCAAUGCGCAUGGCGGAUGCACAGGAAGCAGAUGCGAAUCGAGGCAGUGCUCUCUUUGGAUACUACGGCUCCUCUCUGGCGAACCUUUCAAGCGCAGCUGAUGAUGUUGAGGUGCCUAUGGAUAUGAGCACGCUCAGCGGAGGUUACGAUGCCCACAUGUCCUAUGGAGGCGAUCCAAGUACUUUGGCUGCAGGCCCAGACACUAAUGGACUCAGUUCUUUGUCGGCUUCGAACUCUCUGAGACGGUCUAUUGGCUCAAGCAACCCGGAUAGCAUUUACGAUCAUGCUAUGAGCCUCCACGCCCGUGGACCUCCAGUUGCUCGAGUUGAUGCUGGUGAUACUGGAGGACUGACGAACCCUGAUGCACUCAAUCGUAGACAGAGCUUCGAUGAGGGCGAUGAGUACAGCCUCACAGACAAUGUCAUUCAACCUGGCGAACCUCCAGAUAUGUUCUUCCAUCCCGGACAUUCAACCCACAACCAUGAUAGGCCUUUACCUCCUCCACCGAUCGUUUCCGAUAACGCUGUCCCUCGUCUUAAUACAAGUUUGCUGCACCAGCGCUCAAACUCUCUUUCUCAGGCCCCAUAUCGCAUGACUCCCGAUGGCUAUACACCAUCUACGAUGGACAGUGGCGCUGGCACCUUCCCACGAUCUGCAUCUCUUCUGAAUCACAGCCAGACACCACAAAUACUCCAACCUGCGAGAUCUAAGACAGACGCGGAGGAGCGUAGACUCAAACAGGGCUACCGAGCUUCUAUUUAUAACACAUUCGACAACACACCUGCCGCAAGCACUGUUGCUCUUGAUCUGCCUAGCCUGCCUACAAAGCGUUUCAAUCCUUCGAAGCUUGGCGGGACCGACUUCAAGAAGUGUGAAGAGCCUUGGGCAUUGAGCUCGAUCCUCCAGUGGUUGUUCAUUGUUGCAGAUCCUGAAAAGAUGACCGAGUUGAAAGAAUCGAUGGUCAAGGAGGCUCUCGUCGCGCUUUUCAGUAACAAAGUUCCUACCAUGAACAUCGCUGAUGCUGAAGUUUUGAGCAAUCGUGUUGUCGAGAACAUGUAUGCUUCUAAAACGCUUGUUUCAGUCGAAGAAUGGGUCAAGCUCAGCCCAGGUCAUAUGAGCGGCGUCAUCUUCCAGUUGACACUCAACGGAUGUUACUCGCAUACUGUUCAUAACCACAUAUUCCCAGGCCGUUGUUACUCUCAUCACUGUCAGCGUACGCUGAAGAAGGUCAAUCUCCAGACCAUUCCGACUCGAGCUUCCGAAGAUUGGGCGACCUUCUACAAGCUCAAANAGGAGGACGUUGAGGGUCAUGAUAAANAAGAGAUUGAGUUGCAGAACAAUCUUCAUGAGAUUGUGCAGACCGAAGAGGGUUUUAUGGAGAACCUCGAUGUGAUGAUUCAGUUAUAUCGCGAUCCACUGGCCAUUGCCAAUCCGUCUAUCAUCAGCCCCAAUCGUCAGGAAAGAUUCUUGCGAGAUGUGUUCGGUAAGCUGGACUUGGUCAAANAAGCAAACGUUGAACAUCUACUACCACAACUCAAAUAUCGACAACAAGAACAAGGACCGUGGGUCCAGGGAUUCAGCGACAUCUUCAGGCAAUGGAUCCGUAAGGCCAAGACUGCGUACAUCGAAUAUGCCACAGGCUUUCCUAGCGCCAACUCUUUGAUGCGGCAAGAGCUCGAGAGGAACAUUAGUUUCCGCAACUUUGUCGAAGGGGCGAGAAUGAACAAGCUCUCAAACAAGCUUGGCUGGGACAACUACCUCAAGGCACCUAUUACACGGUUGCAGCGUUACAGUUUACUCUUACAAGUUGUUCAUAAGAAUAUGCAACACGAUUGUGAAGAGAAGACAAACCUGGCGACUGCGAUCGAAGAAAUCCGAGCUGUCACUUUGGAGUGUGAUUCACGUGUCGCUGAUCAGCAAAGAAAGGUCGAUCUUUCCGAUCUCAGUCAAAAACUCGUGCUUAGGCCUGGAAUGGCAUCCGAGGUUGAGCUCAACCUGACAUCGAUCGGACGAGAGUUGAUCCACCAAGGAGACUUGCAGAGAAUGGGCACUAAUCGUUUCACCUGGCUCGAAUGCCAUGCCCUGCUGUUUGAUCAUUAUCUCAUUCUCGCCAAGGCGAUCUCAGUACUGCAANAAGGUGCACCCAACAAGAUAGAGAAGUACGACGUUUCGAGAUUGCCAAUUCCAAUGGAUCUACUCGUUUUGGAGAACAUCAACGAAGAUGCAGUUGUUCGGUCUUCGUAUGUCAAAGGCAUCACAUCCGUUACUCCUCUGCCAUCAAGGCCAUUGCCAUCCAGCCCAGACUUGAAUAAGAUGACCCGCAUCACGACAGCCCAAUCAGCUCACCCCACUCUGGCUUCUGUGAACACAGGCUCGUCGAUGACAAGUCUCAACAGCGUCGCCUCCGCGCCGUCANAGCUUUCCAGCACCACAGUGCUUGAUAACAACAAAGAUUCGGAANAGAUUAUGUAUCCAUUCCGAAUCAAGCACUUGGGCAGUAAAGAGCCAUAUACGCUGUACGCCAAUAGUGCGGGCAGUCGAACCGAAUGGUACAAUAAGAUCAUCGAGGCCAAAACAAAACAUGCUGCUGCUCUAUUCGCUCAGAACGCCGAGCCUUUCCGUCUGAGGGUGAUUGCUGAUUCUGCGUUUUACUACGACUCGAACGCGAAUACAAAAGACCAAUACGGCGUCAGUAUGGGUGGCAAGCCAGUCAUCAUCAAGGGCACGCCAUUGGAUCGCGCUGCAAUCGCAGGCACCAAAGUUACUCAGGUUGCGGUGCUUGAAGAAUUCAAUCUGUUUUUGGUUCUUGCUGAUAAAGUGCUUUAUGCACACCAUCUCGAUGCUGUUUGCCAGCCUCUCACGUCCAGUGCAGCCGAAACUUCAUCUUCGCGUAAGGCCCCACAAAGACUCUCUGGCAGUAGAGAUGUGGGCUUCUUCGCUGUGGGACGCAUGAAGGAUCGGACUUUAGUCUUCUACAAGAAGAGAGACGGUAUCUCUUCGACGUUCAAGGUCUUGGAGCCCAUCUAUCAGAAAUCAACCGAGAAGAAACGCGGCAUCUUCAAACGGGGCAACACUGAAUUCUUCCGCGAUUAUGACGAUUUCUAUAUUGGUACCGAAUGCCACGGCAUGAAUCUCUUCCACAGCAGUCUUGCCAUCAGCUCGGACAAGGGCUUCGAGGUACUCACUCUAGACAAAAAGCAGCCAUGGAGUGUGCCAGACUGGAAGGCACCAGAAGUUGGUAAUAUCUUACGCCAUGUCGAGAAACAAGACACUUUGGGCAUGCUCAGACUCACCGAACAAGAGUUCUUACUCUGUUACAACCUCUGUGCCGUCUAUGUUAACAAGCAUGGCGAGAUCAGUCGCUCGGUCGUCAUGAACUUCGUCGCCAACGCAAAGAGUGCUGCCUUGUACGGGCCUUAUCUCGUUCUCUUUGACAAUGAGUUUGUCGAAGUGCGAAACGCACAAAACGGCCGCCUCAAGCAAAUCAUUGCUGGGAAGGACAUCAAGUGUCUUGACGACGGUGGCGGCGGCACCCUAAGUGGUGGCAGUACCAACACUGGCAUCGUCAAUGGUGUCGUUGGCUACGGUGCUGCUAGCCGCACUAUCAAGAUUGUCAUGCAACACCCUGCGCUCGAGAAGACGCAGAUUGUUGUAGAGAUGGUAUUGAAUAACGAGCAAAAGGAGUAG